AUGGCGUCAUCGUCUGACCGGAGCGCAGCUACGUUCCCACUGCUGCUGCUGCUGCUACUGUCGUCGUCGUCGCCGCCACCGUGUUCGGCUGCUGUGGUGGACAGCGGCCGACUGUUCCCGGCCGGCGUCCAGUACGAGUACGAGUCGACGACCACCGUGCUGACCGGUGGAUCUUCAGACAACCGAGACCCGGCGGUUGGUCAUCGGGUGGUCGGCCGACUGUUGGUCGCCAAUCUCUGGCCUGCUACCGACACCACCGGCGACAAACUGUUGCGGCUACACUUCAAGUCACCCAAACUUCAAACGUGGUCCAAGAAGUCUAAAAACGAUGUUAAUCGUCAAUUUAUAGACCGUAAAUCGAGGAUUGAUAGGUUUUCAGACCAACCGUUUUUUGUGCACUGGAGGAACGGGCAUAUAGAAAACCUGUAUGUCUCUUCUACUAAUUCAUUGACUGAGGCAAAUUUUAAAAAAGGAAUCGCUGGCCUCUUUCAGUUUCAAUUGUCAAACCAACAUGCCGUCGAAUAUUCUACGCUCGGAGAGUGUAACGUGACCUAUAGUAAAAUAAAUGAAAAUAGUGUUUCAAAACGAAUUGAUGAAUGCGUUUCACCAACAACACUGCCGCCUGAAAUUAAACAUCCCGACAAAAUUUGGCAAGGAACUUUACAUUCAAAACGUGAAAGUUUACUGAUAUACAACCAAAAAUCUUUGGUUGAAGUAUCUUUUGACGAAAAUCAUGAGUUUUCUACUAGCUUUAUGAAUGAAGUAGGAGCCUCGGUGUCAUCAAAACAACAUAUAGAAUUAAAAGAAACUAAACAAAAUUACGAUAUCAUUGAAGCCAAUACAUUGAAGGAAGCAAUUCAUCAAUUAGAACAACAACUGAAACUGAAACUAGAAAAACAAAAUUUAAGUCCAAGCCACGAGGUUAAAAAUUGUAAACACUACAAUUCAUGUAAUAAAUUGGACGACGUGGUUAACAACUACCACGACUCUUUAUUGGAUUCAGAACUGGGAAAGUCCAAAUCGGCUUACGGGGCGAUCAAAGUUAUGGAUGCUAUUGUAAACAGUGACACGAAAACUAUUAAAAAAGUAUUGACAGAUGAAAAAAAUGUGGAUAUAGUAGUUCAAUUAUAUGACUUAUUAGGAGCUGCAUUAAAUGAAAAUUCGCAUAAAGCCUCAAUGGAAACACUAGACUUUACUGAUGCUAAAAGCGUCGAAAAAAUAGAAAGAUACUUAUGGGGCGCAUCAAUAAAAUUCAAUCCUAAAAUAGAAAUCAUAAAAAGUUUAUUAUCAAUCACUGAUGAGAAACUAGCCAGUAAAAAAAUAGUGGACACCUUAUUUAACACCGUAACCGCUAUGGCCAGUCGUUUGGCUCGUUACAAUCACACGGACGCUAAUGUUCUCAUUUGCGGUGAACUAGUCGUUAAGACAUUGGAAAGGCUGGAAAAAUGUAAAUUAGACGACGACGAAUGCAUUCUAACGUACAUCAGAGCGUUGUCUAAUCUCAAACAUCCUCUGUCGAUUGAAGUGCUGUUGAGCUUUGCACAACACGGAAACAGAAUGACUAGUGCUUACGCCAUGAAAACGAUUAAAAUGUUUGGACCGGAUUUGUGGGACAAUCGAGUGCUGAAAUGUUGCAACAGAAUUUUCUUUCAGUUGGUCAAAGAACAGGACAGCAGCACCAGGACAAUAGCACUAGCCAUACUCCUGGAGUCUGAUCCAGACUAUGACCUGCUGAAACACGUGGUUGAGUGGCUUUCGGCGCCGGGUGAAGGAUACGAAAUCAAACAGUACGCGUUGGAACUAUUGAAGGAAAUGGCUAAUCAAAAUGAGACCUCAGCGAGACUGUUGCGGACGGUGUUGGUUCGCGAACGGUUGAACCACUACGGCAGCAUGGCUCAGAGAGGCUUAUCGUCGUGUUUUUCGAGAAAAUUCAUCAACUAUAACAACAUCACUGGACUGGUGAAAAACUCUCAACAGAUAUAUUCGGGAGUAACCAAACGCGGGUCCGUGGACAUUGUAUUGGAACACGACAACGUUAAAUACGACUUAUGCAGUUUCGGCAUGUUCACAACCGGACUCGGGUAUUUUACGUCCCUGUAUGACGAUUCGGGCAAAAAGGACACGUCGGACGAGGCCAACUUACCGGCCACAGCUGGUCUAGAACUCGUAGUGUUCGGCGUGCAUAUCAGACCGUUCAUUAUGUUUUCUAGUCAAGGCCAGUUAAUGGGACACGUCUGGGCCGGAACCGGGUCGGACAAAACACCCAUCAUUCAGGGCAUAUCUCAAAUGAUCGAACAUUUACAAUACGUGCCACUGAGCAACGGAAUUACGGCCGAGCUAAACGUCAAAGGAAUGUUGUCACUGGACAUAUCUGGUCAAAUAGAAAUGAGCCUUUGGAAUAAAAACGCGCAAUCGGUAAUCGAGAAAAACGGUGGUGUCAGCAUACAGGGGUCAUUGAAAUUGGAUACAGACUUGGUAACAGACGAAGUAGACUUUGCACUGAUCACCGAAGGGCUGCUACACAUGCAUAGCGACGCUGAAUUUGCGACAAAAAUCGUUUUAUGCAUGCGAAUAGUUUUCGUGGAUACGAACGUGACCACGACCGUAAGCAAAAGUGAAAAAGUCCACGGGCUACCCCACAAGUCAUACACGACCACCACAAGGACCCAUCCGGUUUCCGGACGGACGUUCGCCUUAAACCAAAUGGUCAACGAAUUUUGUAAUACCAUCCAUUCUCAGUGA